UCUCUCUCUCUCUCUCUCUCUCACUCAGUCCACCAAAGUGCUCUCUCUCUCUCUCUCUCUCUCACUCAGUCCACCAAAUCUCGUCGGCCAUCGGAGUGAGAGCUCGUGGAUUGUCAGUGAUUGAGGAAAUCAGCCAGGAUUGGUGAUUGAAGCUGUGAUUGUGAGAAGGAAAUGGGUUCAGAAGCGCCAAAGAGUGUUGUGAUUCAUGUGACUGGCUUCAAGAAGUUCAAUGUUUUUGCUACCAAUCCUACUGAAACAUUAGUUUCAAAUUUACAAAGUUAUACAGAAAAGACAGGUUUACCCCUUGGUGUUUCUUUAGGCAGCUGCACUAUUCUUGAGACUGCAGGAGAUGGUGCGUUGACCACACUUCAGAAGGUUCUGGAAUCAAGUGUUUCAAAUGAAAACAAUUUCGGAUCCAAAGAAGUUGUGUGGCUUCAUAUGGGGUUGAAUGGAGGAGCAUCAAACUUUGCCAUUGAAAGACAAGCAGUAAAUGAAGCUACCUUCUCUUGUCCAGAUGAGCUUGGUUGGCAACCCAAGAGGGUUCCAAUUGUCCCAGAGGAUGGAGGAAUAACUCGGAUACGAGAGACUGGUUGCUCGAUUGAUGCAAUCUUGGAAUUCUUGAAAAAGAUGAAGGGCUAUGAUGCAAUGAUCUCUGAUGAUGCAGGGCGUUUUGUGUGUAACUAUGUAUACUAUCAUUCCCUCCGUUUUGCAGAAGAGAGAGAUCGAUCGAUCGCUCUCCACAAACCUUCUCUCUCAGCCUCAGGGAUCCUCAUCAGAUAA